AUGGCUGCUAGAACUGUAACUGUGUCUUCCUCUGGCGCAUGUUUACCAAGUCUUCCGUGCCCGUUAGCAAGUACCAAGUCUGACUCUUUUCCUUCAUUACGAUGUUAUUCCUCAAUAUUGGGUUAUUUUCCUCUGCAACUGCAACGCAGGAGCACCGUACCCGCAAGAAAAUUUGUAAUCCGAGCCGCAAGAACUGAGUCGAAAAGAGUCUCCCUUGGUUUCAGAGCUCCCCAUUUCGAGCUUCAAGAGCCGCUUACUUUGAAAACGUGGAAAUUGGACGAAUUUGAAUCAUAUCCAGCAUUACUGAAAGGGCUUGCAGUAGUAGCGAUAUCUUCAAACUCUGCUGCAACUCACCCACAGGAUGGACCAGAAUUCAUGGCAGAAGAAGCCAAGUUAUUUAACUAUCCUUUCCCAUAUCUUUAUGAUGAGUCACAAGAUGUUGCAAAAGAUUUUGGAGCUGUUUGCACUCCAGAUUUUUUCCUAUUCAAAAAGGAUGGCCGUAGGCCCUUUGAGCUUGUGUAUCAUGGCCAAUUUGAUGAUUCAAGACCAAGUAAUACUGUUCGAGUCACGGGAAGGGACUUAAGCUUAGCAAUAGACCGUGUUCUCAGUGGCCAACCAGUACCAUCUGUCCAAAAGCCCAGUGUUGGAUGCAGCAUAAAGUGGCAUCCAGAGAGGAAGCUGUAA